UUUGACCUAUGUACUCUCACAUGGCCGGUUCGCAGUCACAGAGAGCGGAUCACUCUUCCGUAGCUGUCCGAAGUUGUCGAAAGGAACGAGCACCAACAGAGCUUCAGAACACCUUUAUGCCUGAUGGUAGGCUAGAUAUUAAACGUCAUAUCUCUAGAGACUCUGCGAUUGUUGGACGUAGAAUACUUUGACGUCUAGCAUGUCAGAUCGCCGCUUAAGGCGACGUCAGGGAACUGCUGGGACGGACAACAAGCGGCGUGCUGAUGGGCCACAUGACAUCUCAGGUCUGUUGGACGGUGUGUCCGUGGUGCUGCUGGACAUAGAAGGGACCACAACUCCUAUCACCUUUGUUAAGGAUGAGCUGUUCCCAUAUGUGCGUUCCCAUGUAAGACAACAUCUCGAGGAACACUGGCAGGAGGAGGAAUGUCAGGAGGAUAUCGCUGCCCUGAGGAAACAGGCAAAGGAAGACAAGGAGAUGGAUGGUGUGGUGCUAGUCCCAGAAUGCACCACAGAUGAUGAUGAAGAGACCAGGAAAAAGGUGCUAAGUGCUGUUGUGGACAAUGUGCUGUGGAACAUGGAUGCUGAUAGGAAGGUCACAGCACUGAAGCAGUUACAAGGUCACAUGUGGAGGGCUGCCUAUCAGACAGGCAAGAUCAAGGGAGAGGUAUACCCAGAUGUGGUGCCUGCUAUCCGAGGGUGGUUGGAGACAGGUCGUCAGGUGUACAUCUACUCCUCAGGCAGCGUGGAGGCACAGAAACUCCUGUUUGGUUUCUCCUCAGAGGGAGACCUGUUGGAGCUGUUCAGUGGCCACUUUGACACCACCACAGGUCUGAAGGUAGAGACGGAGAGUUACAGGAGGAUAGCCAAGGCUGUGGGCUGUGAUCCUGCCAACAUUCUCUUCCUCACAGAUGUUGUAAGAGAGGCCAAACCAUCACGUGAGGCUGGGAUGAAGACAUGUCUUACAGUGCGACCUGGGAACGCACCUCUCACAGAGGAGGACUGGGCAAACUACCCUGUCAUCAAGUCUUUUUCUGAACUGGCUUGUAAUGUCAGUCCUACCAAAAUGCGAUCCAGAGGGAAAGCUGCAACAUAGCCUUGUGCAAACUUAUCAGCGACAUGGACAUUACAUAGCUGUCUGUUAAAAGGAUACAGUUGACAUACAGACUUUUAAUUGGCAAGUCCCAAUCUGAACUGUAAAUCCAACACAAAACAUGGCACUUUCCAAAUCCUGAUGUUUGUGUUACAGUACAAGAAUGGCUAUGAAGAUCAGAUAAAUGAAUAUUUGUCUGAAUAAAGCAGUCAAAAAGCAAUCAAGCAGGCUUGUCAUCUUCAAUUUAGCCUCUUUCUUUUGCAUUCUGCAUAGUUUGGAUUACGUAUGUUUUUGCUCUAUAUACUGUUUUGCUGGCCGCAAACUGUUUUAAGAGAAUAACUCUUGCCUACAGGAUAAUUAAGACUUGCUUUUCAUGUCAGGGCACCUGGACUGAAUGUUGUGAGCAUCAAAUACAGAAAUACCGUGUUCUAGGUAGAGAGAACUAUAAGGACUACGGACUAUGAACUAGAGAGCUGGUACUGAAAAAGUCUUGGGGGAGGGGUAUUGACUGGUACAGAGAAUGGAAGUCUUCAACCAUCACGUUGUGCAUGACAAAAUGCAGUGAGGAGUAUUUUCAAACCAAUGUCUUGCCCCUUAUCUUUUCCCUGGAGCAGUCUGUGGAAAAUACUAUGAAUGUAAUGCAAUGCAACAUCCAUCUCUGCACAGUUCCAAUAAACCCAUCAAACGUA